GAUCGAAAACAAAUUAAUUAACUAUUUUGAAAAAUAUCAUCAAAAAUUUGUCGCGAUUUAAGAAACAAAAACCAUUUACUUCUAAAAUAGACGACGCGAAGAAGAGGAGAAGAAGUGAAGAAGAAAAACAAAAAAAACAUUUUUGAAAAUUUUAAAUUUGCUUUCUGACGUGCUGUUGCUAUUGCUGAUUACUGUACUGCAGUACACACGCUAGUUUAUAUCGAUUUGUGAAAUAUUGCAAAUAUGUCACAAAGUGAAGUUAAGUCGGAUCAGUCAUCGGCAACAAAAUUUUGCCAUAUUGUUAAGCGAGCGGAUUUCGAUGGUUACGGCUUUAACUUGCAUUCAGAAAAAGCCAAGCCUGGUCAAUUUAUUGGUAAAGUCGAUAGUAAUUCACCCGCCGAAUCGGCUGGUUUAAAGGAGGGCGAUCGCAUCAUUGAGGUUAAUGGGGUAUCGAUUGGUAACGAAAGUCAUAAGCAAGUGGUGCAACGUAUAAAGGCUAUCGCCAAUGAGGUGAGACUGUUGCUAAUCGAUGUCGAUGGCAAAGGUGAUAAUGAUAAGCAGACAGUCAAUGGUAAUGUUGAGGAAAUUGUUGGCACCUCACAAACUGUGCCGGGCAUUAGUGAAAAUAUUAACACGAUUACUAUGGUCUCUACUAAGCGGGUAUCGCAGGAGAGUCAACAGAGCAUUGCUACUGUGAGUGCCAAUGGUAGCGAUCAAAUAGACAAUGCCAACACCUUGUUAUCGAAUCCCAAUACUAACAACAACGAUACGAUUAAUGCAACAAUGAAAACCAUGACAACAAACAUACCACCACCACCUUCAGCUACAAUGGCAGCAAAUAAUAAGAUGGCGGCAAACGGUUCUGCAAAGGAAGCAAAUAAUGCUUCGAGCAGCAAUAACACUACAUCAGCGAACGCUAAUGGAACGGGCUCUAUUAAGGCCGGCAGCUUACAGUUGCCUACAACUGCGGCCGAAAUGCGCGCCAAACUGGCAUCGAAAAAGAAAUACGAUCCAAAAAAUGAAAGUGUAGAUCUUCGAAAGAAAUACGAAAUUGUACAAAAACUUUAAAGAAAAAAAUAAACAUUUUCAAGAUAAAGUCAUAAUAAUAUCAUUGUCACGUAUAUAUUUACACACACAACAAACACAAAUAUUUAAUUAGAUUUUAAGAAAAAAUUUCAAAAUUUCCAAAAAAAUACUUCUCAAGCACCAACAGCAGCAACAAAUUCACUUCUCGAUUACAUAGAAUUCAAUUAAGAAAAAUAAAUCUAUACG